UUGAGUUGGGGAUCUUCACUCAACGGUGUACACUCCGCUUUCAUUUAACGGCUCAGAUCGUUCCAAGUUUUUAAUCGUAAGGCCAAUAUAUUUUAGAAUAUUUAUACCCACAAAGUUCAAAAAACCCUACUGACUGGAGCUCACCGGGUUUAAGGGGAAAAAAAAUCUUCAACACAAGAGAGGGUUAAAGAUGGCUUUGUUCAGUAGAAUUGGAAAUAUGCUUAAACAGAGUGUUAGCAGACACACGAACUUGGAACUGUGUGCCUCUAGAACCUCACUUUACCAGGCUAUAAGAAGCAUGUCUUCUUCAAAGCUUUUUGUUGGAGGUCUCUCAUAUGGCACUGAUGAAAUCUCUCUGCGUGAGGCAUUCUCCCAACAUGGUCAAGUGAUUGAAGCUAGAGUUAUUUUUGAUCGUGACACUGGCAGAUCCAGAGGGUUUGCUUUUGUUACUUAUACAUCUGCUGAAGAAGCAUCUAGUGCCCUGAGUGCCUUGGAUGGCCAGGAUCUCCAUGGGAGACGUAUAAGGGUGAACUACGCCACAGAAAAGCGCCCUGGAGGAUUUGGGCGUGGUUCUGGUAGUGGAGGUGGAUUUAACUAUGGUGGGGGAGCUGGAGGUUACGCAUCUGCCAAUUAUGGAGGUGGUGGUAACUAUGGUACCAACAACAGUUACCCUGCAGGUGGUGGCAACUAUGGUGGGGAUGUUGAACAAGGUAGUUUUGGGGCUGGAUAUGGUGGUGGGAGUAGCGGAAAUUACAAUGCUGGUGUUUCCGGUAUUAAUAAUCUCUUCAACAACUCUGAAUUUGGUGGGAGCCCUGGGACCUCGCACAAUGGUGGCGAAGAACAGCUUAGUGUAGACCAAGGGACUGAAUCUGUAAACAAUGAUUUUACACCGGACGCCGAAGGAAGCCUCAGAGAUGACAAUGAUGAGCCAAAUGACUAUGCCAACUCAAGGGGUUGAUAAUAUGUCCUUCCAUGCUAGUCAAGAACUUUGGCUUCGAUGAGUACAUGUUCACAACAUGUGUUGAGGCAAAGAGUAUAUUUUAUUUCCACCAGAAUUGCUACUGACUGCAUGCUUCAUCUACUAUUAACUUGUUUCAUAAUUUCUUCUCUCUUUUGAAAGUGUGUUUAAUUUCAUGGAGUUCUCCAAGUACUGAUUUUGUGUAUUGUACAGUGCUGAAUCUUUUGCUAUUCGUUCCUUUCUUUAAGGCGCUUGUGAUUAACUUUCUUGA